UCAGAAGGCCGUAAGAGCAAGUGACAGUUUCUCUUUGUACACUUUCUCUUUUGAGUAUUAUUAUGUGAUUAUAAAGAUUUCGUGGGGAUCAAAAUUCUAUUUAAAAGUCGAAAGUUUCGGGUAUCAUUUUAUGCAAAGAGUUGAGUGAUAAAAGUGGAAACCGCUUGGUAAUUAAUAGAAGAGAAAGUAAACAAAGAGAAACUGUCACUUGCUUAUACGCCCUUUUGAAAAAUUAACCGAGAAUUAUGAACUACAUAAACACAUCAAGCUGAUUUAGUGCCAGAAGCGAUCGUUUCUUGUGAAUUGAUUAAAAUCACACGAAGUAAAAUGGAAUUUCGCCUUGCACGAGAUGGGAUACUAAAGGAGGAAGUACCAGAAAACAGUCCUGUAACUUUUUUCUCAUCUUGCAAUCUAACAAACGAUUCCCAAAUAAAACUUGUAUAUCAGAUUAGUGAGGAGGAAUUCACACAGAAAAGUGAUCUUCAUAAAGACGUCUUAGUACCUAAAGAGGGAGAGGUUUAUAGUUGCGAAAUUUGCAGAAAACAAUUUUCAUUGCAGGAAGCUCUGAAGAAGCAUAUGAUGGUUCAUACUGAAGACAAAAAAUUCAAGUGUAAUGUAUGUGGCAAAGGAUUCCAGUAUAUUCAGCAGUUAAAGGACCACACAAAUAUUCACACUGGUAAGCGUCCGUACAAAUGCAUUGUAUGCAGAAAAGAAUUUGCCAUGAAGGGUUACCUAGCUAAACACAUGUCUAUUCACCAAAGUGAGGGCAAAUAUAAGUGCGAGGUGUGUGGCAAAGACUAUCAUGAUGGUGCUAACCUCGCGAGACAUAAACGCAUUCAUACAAACGAGAAGUUUAAAUGUACCAUAUGCGAGAAAGGUUAUACCACUAAGUACUAUCUCAGCACACACAUGAAAAUGCAUGUAGAUGAUUACAAAUAUAAGUGCGAUGUGUGCGGCAAAGGAUUCAUCUGCAAAUCACUACUGAAAGAUCACGAAAAUAUUCACACAGGUGAACGGCCUUACAAAUGCACUGUAUGCGGAAAAGACUUUCAAUAUAAAAUAAAACUUUCUUUACACAUGCAACGCCACGAAAGCGAGCGACCGUACAAAUGCACCGUGUGUGGAAAAGGUUUCGUCGUUAUGGCUGACCUAACUAAACACAUACGUAUUCAUACGAAAGAUUAUAUGUAUGAGUGUGAUGUGUGUGGCAAAGGAUUCCUAACCAGAUUACUCUUGAAAGACCAUGAACACAGCCAUACAGGAGAGCGACCAUACGAAUGUACCGUGUGUGGAAAAGAUUUUCAAGGUAAACUAAACCUUAUUCAACAUAUGCGCCUUCACACAAGCGAGCGAUCUUACAAAUGCGCCAUAUGUGGAAAAGAUUUUGUCUCUCAGUCUUUCCUACACAGGCAUAUGUCGGUUCAUGAAUAUGGCUACAAAUAUAAAUGCGAUGUAUGUGGCAAACAAUACGUGACCAGAAAACUCCUGAAGGAUCAUGAACGCUGUCAUACAGGAGAGCGACCGUACAAAUGUACAGUAUGUGGAAAAGUUUUCGCGACUGAGUAUUAUUUAUAUAGGCACAGUUACAUUCACGAAAGUGAUUAUAGGUAUAAGUGUGAAGUGUGUGGUAAAGGCAUGGAUCAUAGUUCAAGCUUUUCGGAACACAAACGCCUUCAUGCGGACGAGAAGUAUAAAUGCACCAUAUGCGGAAAAGAUUUUACUACUAAAAAUUACCUAUCCAGACAUAUGUCUAUUCAUGAAUAUGACUACAAACAUAAGUGUGAUGUAUGUGGCAAAGGUUUUGUGACCAGCAAUCUCUUGAAAGACCAUGAAAACAGCCAUACAGGAGAGCGACCGUACAAAUGCACUGUAUGUGGAAAAGAUUUCACAACUAAGUCUUACCUAUCCAGACAUAAGUUUAUUCACGAAAGUGAUUACAAAUACAAGUGUGAAGUGUGUGGUAAAGGCAUGAAUCAUAGUUCAGGCUUCUCGAAACAUAAACGCCUUCAUACGGACGAGAAAUAUAGCUGCACCAUAUGCAGGAAAGAUUUUUCCACUAAGAAAUACCUAAAUGAGCACAUGCUUAGCCACACUGUAUCAGUGUGAUGUAUGAAGUGAAAGAUUGAAAGCCAGUCUACUUUUGGAAGACUACGACCACAAUGUAUUCGGGCAUUACAAAUGUAAAGAGAUACGGUUUGAACGCUAAGAGAUAAUGUCGUUUAAAAACACUACACUGCACCGGUGCAGUGACACACCAUGGUAUGAAUAAACGAACAAAUAUAAUGAACACAUAAACAGUAACCCUUGACUACAGUAAACGAUUCCAUUGCACAGGGCUACACCCAUACUCGUAUAUCAGUCCCACAUCGAUUUUCCCCAAUUUUGAGUUAGCUUGAGGGAUGAAAUCUAACCUCAAUAUACUAUCAGAAAUUGAAAUAAAAGUUGAGGAUUGGUUCAGUAAAAUGUGAAAAAAAUAUCAAAUCCUGUCUGUUUCAUGUGCAAAGUACCCGCAUAUCAGUCCCAUUCUGUGCAAAUUUCAAUAAUUUUAUUUGUUGCAAUAAUGGAAUAGCAAAGGUGUAUUACCGAUAUUUCAUGUAAUGAUAACUUGAUUUAGCAUUAGG